AUGGUGAAAGAAAAUGAUGAAGCGGAGAAUGGAAGAGGCGUUAUAGCAAUACCAGGGCUUCCACAACUAUGUCAAUCAGACUUGCCAUCCUUUCUACAGCCAUCAAAUAAAUAUGAACCAGUGUUGCGAAUGGUACUGAACCAAUUCAGUACCAUUUCUAAAGCCACAUGGAUACUCGGCAACUCCUUCAAUGAACUCGAAAUGGCAGAGAUACAAUCUAUCGAUUCCCUCAUUCAAAUACGAACAAUAGGCCCUCUUGUUCCCUCUGCCUUCCUAGAUGGAAACAAUCCACAGGACCAAGACGUAGGCACACAUCUUUGGAAAGCAGCAAGCUGUAUAGAUUGGCUCAAUACAAAGAAAGCCUCAACUGUUGUAUAUGUCUCCUUUGGAAGUGUAGCUGUUCUUUCCAAAGAGCAGAUCAUAGAAAUAGCCCUUGGGCUAAAGGCCAGUCAACAUUCCUUUUUAUGGGUGAUUCGUCCUGAACAUAGCAAAGAAGAAGAAAAUGACAUACAUGAUUUUCUACAGGGUUUUCGUGAGGAAACUAUGGAUCAAGUGCUAGUUGUGUCAUGGUGUCCACAGAUUGUAGUGCUUAAUCAUCCUUCUGUGGGUAUGUUUCUUACACAUUGUGGAUGGAAUUCUACCUUAGAGAGCCUCAGCUCUGGGUUACCUGUCUUAACUUUUUCUCAGUGGAGUGAUCAAAUGACUAAUUCUAAGUAUAUUGAAGAGGUGUGGAGGACUAGGAUAAGAUUGAAUAAAGAAAGACAUGGGCUAGUUGGGAGGGAUGAGGCCGAAAAAUCUAUUAAGACAAUUAUGGAAGGUGAACGUGGUGUGGACUUGAGGAAGAAUGCUCUGCAAUGGAAGACAUUAGCAAAGAAAGCAAUGGUGAAAGGUGGAUCUUCUGAUCGAAAUAUUGAUUUGUUCGUACAUGAGGUCAUUGCUAAAAUGACACUCGCUUGA